UUUUACAGUAAUACAUACUAUACGGUGUACGCACGUUAGCUUUCUUCUUGAAUUUUAGGGUUCGUUAACCGAGUUAGUGAUCUCGUACAGGUCUUCGAUCUCAAAACGAGUUGAAUCGACUUCAAUUCCCCUCCAAUUUACGAAGGUGCUGUGGAUUUUUCUCAAUUCUAACCCUAGACCGAGGCUUGAAUUAGCGGACAGAUUUUGGCGGACUUUUCAGUUGUAGCAAUUUCUUCGAUCCUAGUGUUGUCUCCGAAUCAACACGAUGAUUUCCUUCGAAAUGAACGACCGUAAAAAGAUUGGGCUUGGAUUGACAGGAUUUGGCGUAUUUUUCUCGUUCUUGGGAGUCAUUUUCUUCUUUGACGAGGGACUCCUUGCCAUGGGAAAUAUACUCUUCAUCUCUGGGGUGACAUUAACCAUUGGAUUGAAGUCUUCAAUGCAGUUCUUCACGAAGCGUAGCAAUUUCAAGGGAACAAUUUCUUUUGCUUUGGGCUUUUUGUUGGUUAUGAUAGGAUGGCCAGUAUUGGGAAUGAUUUUGGAAGCUUAUGGAUUCAUUGUUCUUUUCAGUGGCUUCUGGCCUACAUUGGCAGUUUUUGUGCAGAAGAUACCUGUUCUUGGAUGGGUUUUCCAACAGCCAUUUGUUAGAUCGUUCUUUGACAGCUACCGUGGUAAAAGGGUGCCUGUAUAAACUUAGCACUGUAGAUCUAUGAAAGUGCAAGGAAGCUGCGCAGCUUGACCCACCUGUAAGUGCUGUAAAAUACUGCCAGAUGAACGAUUCCUAAACAGGGUGAUACUACCAAAAAUGUUCUCAUUUGAUGUACCAGUUUUGUUAGGACAAUUCUUUUGUUUGUUUGUUUCUAGAAUUGAUGAAUGAAUUGUCCAUAUUCCAAGAGGUACUUUAUCAGUAUUUGAUCUCCAUUUAUUGACGUAGUAAUUUUCUGUCUGCAUCAAAA